ACUUGUUUUGCUACACACAAUGAACACGUUUGAGUAGUACGUUACCAUGAACACUACCAGCAAUGCCCACAGUCACAGUCCUAUCAAAGACGUUUAUCUUGGAACGGAAUGCGGCAAGAUAGCUGAAGUUAAUGAGUCAAUCAUUGGAAAGCGAAUAGUACAUGAAAAAAACUUUGGGACUAUCUGUUAUGUCGGUGAGUUGCCGAGAUCGAAUGGGUCUUGGCUUGGAGUUGAUUGGGAUGACCAGUCGCGUGGCAGACAUGAUGGGACUUACGAUGGUGUCCGGUAUUUUCAGGCUAAAUGUCCCACUUCCGGUUCAUUUGUGAGGCCUUCAAAGGUGUCAUUGGGUACCAGUCUAGAGGAAGCUCUCGUAUAUAGAUAUGCCGUCUGCACAACUUGUCAACUGGAAAUCCAGACUUCUUUGCGAUCACGGGAAAAGCCCACAGGUAGUUCUCAUAAUAUCCUCGUUCAUGAAUGCACCCAACUUGGUCGUCUAAACAGUUACCUUGGUAGUACUGCGGAGGAAGCUGAAUACUUUGGUACUCACGGAUACCCAAAAGACACAUUACGAGUCGAACUUUACACUAAUCCUGGGACUUACCAUCAAUCGACUUCUCAUGACGAAUUAUGUGGAGCAGAUGCAGCCAAAAGUUGUCUCAGCCGAUUAAAUAGUGUUAGUUUGUCUUCUGUGCCCGUAUAUCGUGCACUAUAUGGAAAAAGUGACUUUUUCCCUGAUCGACAACCUGAAUACUCACCACUUUGGCCAUCAUCUGGAGGCUGUCUCGACCAGUUUUUAUCCAGUUUAUGCGAUCUGGAAAUGAGCAAUUGUCUGUUGUCAAAGUGGACAGAAAUUGCUGAGAUUUGUAUUCAAAUUCCGUGGUUAAAAUCCUUGAAUGUCAGUAACAACCGCAUUCGUUUACCUGUUUCUCCAAAAGAAGCGCAUGAUAAACAAAAAGAAAAUGAAUGUCUGGAAUCUAGACUUUUAUAUGACAUAUAUUCGGACCCUGUCCUAAGUGAACGGUUGUGUUCGAACGCUUUUCCCCAGUUGUCGCAACUUACUUUAGUCAAAUGCUCACUCCUUAAUUGGAAAAGUAUUAGGAGAAUAUUAUGUUGGAUGCCAUCCUUACAGUCGUUAUCUCUAGCUUACAAUAAUUUGGGCAAUCCUCCAAUUGACUGGGAAGAAAAUGCUAUUGAAGUUUUCCAAAAGUUGACUGAAUUAGACUUAACUCACAUAAAUCUAACGUCCGCUCAUCAGUUAUUCGCCCUUAUUGGAGCCUCCAAAUGUCUGAACAGCCUGUUGUUAAAUUACAACGAGAUAGCAGACAUUCCAAAUCUAAAUGAUCAUUCUAAGCACAUCUGCCAAAUACAUGUACACGAUAAAGAUAGUUCACAUCUGUUUCGAAACCUUAACACUCUUGGGUUAAAGAACAACUUAUUCACAAAUUGGAAUUUCGUUAAUCAAUUACUGCAUUUGUCCAAAUUGGAUCAUUUGAUGGUAUCAGGAUGCCCAGUUUUCGAAAACUCUGUCAGAAACCGCUCGUCAGGAAGUCAUUGCUCGUUUGCCAAAUCUUAAAAUGUUAGACCGUGUUGAGAUUACUCCUGAAGAGCGCCGCGGAUCUGAAUUGGACUACUUAAAACGUUACGGAGCUAGCUGGCUAAACUGUUGUAAAAGUGAUCAAAAUAGUAAGCAAAAUAACGAUGUUAAACUUUUGGAGGAAUUCUACAAAUUGCAUCCUGUUUUCGCCAGACUUUGUGAUAAACAUGGAGCUCCUGAAAUUGGAGAAACCAAGGUAGCAUGUUAUUAUUUUUGACUUGUUCCCAGGUUGUUUUCUCUAUGUGACAAAAUAACUAAGUUGACCGCACAAAAAUUAAAUGUGGGGGAUAAAUAAGAUGAACUAGGCUAACUAGUUCAAAGAUCAUCGUCGUCCAAAAUAAGGGGAGAUCAAUGAAAUAUAGGAUAGCUUAGAAGCUUCAAUAAACAACCAAACCGUUUAAUUGUUCUGAGGUGUUUAUGAUAGUAUCGAAAUUGUAUUUAGUGCCGAAUUAAGUUGCAAGAAAAUAUGUUAUUUCGCUUAGAAUAAGGAUGUAAAUUCAAGGACGUAUGCAACUUUUAUUCUUAAGUAAUAAUUCAGCUGUUUAAAAUAACUCAAUGGUGAAUUACUGUCGAUGUGUUUAAAUUUAAAAGUUCUUCACUUCCCAGAGUAAUGUAUUGUUGUGGGAAUUGUAAAUCUUUUGCUUAAAUAUAAACUAAAGAUCUAACACUGUUUAGUUAUUUGAUUACAGCAUUGGUUUCAGAAGUUUCCGUUUGACUAUGCGCAUAAUCAGUUUUCAUUUUAAGCUACGUUACACACCUUAUCUACUGAAAUAACUUACCGAUGAUUGCAUCACAAGACGUUUUCUAUUAGAAUAUUUUAGCAACUAUAUGUUUUGUUUUUAAUUUCCUUCCAAAUCUCUUAGAUAUUUUUUCACUCAAUGGGUACUUGAACCCCGCUUCACCUACUGAAAGCCUAAAGUAGAUUCCAGGAACAACUAAGGUCACACUUCGGUAGUUCUAAAAACGAGGCUGACCUAGAUGUUUCUUGGAAAGAUAUACAAACAGCAAUGACAUCUAUUAGUGAUUUGAACCAUAAGGUUACAAAACACCAGUUGAUUUAUUGUAAGUCUGGUCACAGUCACUGAUCGUCCUAAUAUAUAAGAAAGGAUCAAAAUCAUCCUGUAAUAACCAUAGAGAGAUUAGUUUGACCAAUAUAGCAUCUAAAAUGCUGGCCUCAAUAAGUAUCGGACGCCUAACUAAGACUCGUGAACUGUAAACACGAGAAAACCAGGCUAGCUUCAGACCUGGUCGUGACUGCAUCGACCACAUAUUCAUCAUUCGCCAGGUUCUAGAACACAGGCAUGCUUAUCGGCGUCCGACAAUGGUGGUCUUUCUUGAUUUAAAAGCAGCAUUUGACUCGUUAGACCAAGAGGUUCUGUAGCAGUGUCUGUCAUUGAAAAGUGCACCACAGAAAUACGUAAACAUUAUGAAGGCUCUUUACUCGAACACUACUAAUCGAGUCAGAGCUUAUGGCGAACUGUCAUCUGAUUUUGCAACCUCAAGUGGUGUCCGUCAAGGCUGUCCACUUUCUCCAUUUUUGUUUAACUUCACCAUAGACAUGCUGAUGGAAAUAACGCUGGUCUACUGAAUUUUCGGGCAUUGAUCUCCUAUCAGGGGGUCCACUUAUCGACUUAGAAUACUCAGAUGAAAUCUCAGCAUGGGUUCAAAUGCGCAUUUGGCUUUUGCCAACUUAUGUCACGUGUGGCGAAGGCGAUAUAUCCGUCUAUCAAUAAAAGGACGAGUAUACUGCGCGGCAGUUCGUUCUUUUCUACAUUACGGCUGCGAAAUGUGACCAUUAAGAAUAGAAGAUACUCGUGAGGUACUAGUUGGGGGCGGCCAAAUCGAAACGUGGCAUCAGUCCAUAAAAUCACUAAAUUCUAGUCUGAGUCAUGAUGGUAGAUGCAGACUACUUGGUUGGGGUCCGCGUGACUAUCGUAACCAAUGGUUGGAGACUGUGAGUGACAUGGCUCAGAAUCGAUCACAAUGGCGUUGGUGUAUACACUCUUUAUCUUCCUUUAAACCGUGAGAUUAAAAUCGCUUUAUACGUUUCUUUCUACGAAGUAAUUCUUUCUUCCUGUACUGUACUCCUUAUACACAAUCUUUCUUUUAUAUAUUAUAACCAUUGAAUUAACUACUUCUAUGAAUUUGUUGUUCACCUUGUUGUGCUAAUGAGGUGUGGCAACUUGGACCGAUUCACAUAGGUGCCUGGUUCUACGUUGUAGCUGACUGAAUGACCGUUUCACUUACUUCGGUUUGAUUAAUAGGAUAGUAUCAUUAGCACUAAAAAUAUUCUGCAUUGUUUUCUUUGUAUUAUUUAAUCUUGUGUUAAUUUAAUUUGUUUUGUCGUUGACUCUGAAGAAGCAGCUUACAUUGUCACGAACCGUCGGAAAUACAAUAUCUCUACUCGUUGGGCCACAACAACGAAAAAAAUUGUUAAGUUUCUACCCAAUGCUCACUUUAUUUCAAACUAUCAAGUCCAACCUUGACGUUGAUACAUACAUCAAUGUCUCUGUACCUUUCUCUAGUUUCUAUUGUUAUCAGCCUUCAGACAAUCUAAAUUAAUCUAUUUUUAUUAUGAUUUCCUGAUUAAAGUUCUUUUUAUUGCUACAUCAGUAUUUCCCAGGUUGGUUGUGUAGAGAAAAUUGUCAAUAUUCCUGCAUUAUUGCACACAAUAAACACUGUAUAAUUGUAAUUUAUUAUAAACGUGUCCUUAUUUCUCUAUGGGUUUGAACUGUGUCAAAGUAACUGAGCUGGAACACUUUCAAUGACAGAGAUCACUCAUGAAAAAGUAUGAACCAACCACUUGAUUCAUCUGUAAUUGUUGUCCAAGUGUAUCUACCUGAAUCUAAUUGUUAGUCUGAUUAUAGAUAUCAACGUCUGAGAGCAAUAUUAAGAUCAUAAAUAAGCAGUAAGAUUUGAUCGCUUUAUUUUUUGUAAAAUCUCUGUUAUCUUUGUUGUUUACAUAUCUAUUUAUCUAAUUUUUAGCCAGUUAACCGCUCAAUUAAAGCUGGUCUUCUAUCUCUUAUCUUUAUAUUACAACAUAACGAGAACAGUGGCGCAACAAACAAGCCUAGCAGUCGAUCAUCAUCGCCAAUGGAUAAAAACGAUCGAAUUCAAAAACAAAUACCUAGUCAAAUGACUAUUAACCAUUUACGUAUGAUGAUUAGACGAUUGUUUUGUUUAUCACCAAAAACACUGUUUGAAUUAUAUGCACAAAGUGGAAGGCAUCGUGGUUUUGUUAACACUGAAAUACCGUUGGAUGUAGAUACACGUGAAAUAGGAUUUUAUAAUUUAGAAAAUGACGAUUAUAUUUUUAUACGAAUAUGACAAUAGUGUUCUAGUCUUUCCUUCCUUGUAUUUACUACUUGGUUAUCUCUAGUAUUUAUCUAUGUUGUAUAAUAUAUAUCUUGAUAUUCUUAAAAAUCAAGCUUGUAUUUAAUUAUUUCCUAUCCACUUACACUUUUAUGAGUUCUGUUGUGUACAUGACACAUUGUUCCAUCAACCAAGAAAGUGUAAUUAUGCGUAAACUUGAGAUAUUUUCUUUAAAUUGACUGCUUGAGGCUACCAAUUUUAUCAGUUUGCUUUAAGCUUAGACUCGAAUAAUGUUGUUCAAGUAAACAGCCUUCAUAAGGUUUAUGUAUUUUUGUGAUACACCUUUCACUAAAAAGCGCUAUCAAAAGAAUUUCCAGACGUUCUUAAUCAUCCCUCUGUUUCAGAGCACAGUCUAACAUAAUCAAUUGACGUAUAUCUGCUCGUCCAUUUUUGAAAUCAGUUUGAUUUUCCCGAGUUUGCUGUUCAGGAACUUUAUUUGAGAUUUUGGUGAUUUCAGACAUUACUUUAUUC